AUGGCAAUCAAUAAGGUCGUCGUCCUGGCUCUCUUUUUCGCCGCCGUCAUCGGCGUCGCCUCUGCCGCCGCUCCGGCUGUCUCCUCCGCCACCGAGGCCCACACCACCGCCGCCCCUGCCGCCGCCCCCGCUGGGGAUGGCGUCAUUGGAACCGAAGACGGAUCAGCGUCCGCCCCCACCGGCAACGGCGAUGUCGCUGCCGGUCCUCUGGGAACCGGCCCCGACGCUGGUGCGCCCGCCGCAGAGGCUCCCAAGAGUGACGCCAGCUCCGUCUCUGUCUCUGCCGCCGCCGGUAUUGCUGCCGUUGCCGGAUACUUCGUAAUGUAA